GGUUUGGGCCGUUUGGAGAACAUGCUGUUAAUGCCAGCUGGAUUGCAGUGCAGGAGCUGGAGAAGCUUGGCCUGGGGGAUGAUGUGGAUCUACAUGUCUAUGAAGUCCCUGUUGAAUACCAGACAGUGCAAAGACUCAUUCCUGCAUUGUGGAAGAAACACAGUCCCCAACUGGUGGUCCAUGUGGGAGUUUCAGGCAUGGCUACAACUGUCACCCUGGAGAAAUGUGGCCACAACGUAGGGUACAAAGGGUUGGACAACUGUCGUUUCUGCCCAGGCUCCCAGUGCUGUGUGGAAGGAGGCCCAGAAUGCAUUGACUCCAUCAUUGACAUGGACACAGUGUGCAAGAGGGUCUCAGCACUGGGGCUGGAUGUCACUGUCACCAUCUCCAAGGAUGCAGGCAGGUACCUCUGUGACUUCACUUAUUACACCUCCUUGUACCAGAGCUGUGGGAGAUCAGCAUUUAUCCAUGUGCCUCCCUUGGGAAAACCAUACUCUGCAGAACAGCUGGGCAAGGCCCUCCAGGCCAUCAUAGAGGAAAUGCUGGAAGUUCUGGAGCAUUCUGAAGACAAAAUCAAUUGUCAACAUGAACAUUGA